ACCAGCUAACCAAUGACGAACCAGAAUGCUGGAGCGCGUGUGUUGCUCGCGCGUGGGGGUUGAAGCGAAGACGCGUGAGCGAAGCGACCAGCUAGAUUCCGCUCAGCUAGAGAGGGAGGAGCUGCCACUCGGUAAUGGACGCCAAUAAAGGUAAAGGGGAACAAGGGAUGCAAAAUCCAGUUGGGCAGAUGGACAGACCUGUCAGCUUCCACUUUUUGGAAAGCAUGCUUCCCAAAGUAGUGAAGAGGCGAGUGCAUGCCUUGAAAAGGCUACAGGUGCAGUGUGCCAACAUAGAGGCUAAAUUCUACGAGGAGGUCCACGAGCUGGAGCGGAAGUAUGCUGCCCUCUAUCAGCCACUGUUUGACAAGAGACGAGAUAUUGUCACAGGAACAGUGGAACCCACAGAUGAGGAGUGUGAGUGGCACAGUGACAGAGAGGAAGAGGAGGAGCUAGCUGCGGAGGUAAAGGAAAAAGCGGCUAUUGAGGAUGCAAAGAAAGAGGAAGCCACGCCAGAGGAAGACCCAAAAGGCAUCCCUGAUUUCUGGCUCACCAUAUUCAAGAGUGUGGACAUGCUCAGUGACAUGCUACAGGAACAUGAUGAGCCAAUCCUAAAGCACCUGAAAGAUAUUCAAGUCAAGUUUUCUGAGCAAGGACAGCCAAUGAGUUUCACAUUAGAGUUCCACUUUGAGCCCAAUGGUUACUUCAACAACGCAGUCCUCACUAAAGUCUACAAGAUGAAGUCAGAGCCUGAUGCCUCAGAGCCUUUCUCAUUCGAAGGGCCAGAGAUCAUUGACUGUGAAGGCUGUCAGAUAGACUGGCACAAGGGAAAGGAUGUGACCGUGAAAACUAUUAAGAAGAAGCAGAAGCAUAAAGGCCGUGGCACCGUUCGCACUGUUACAAAACAGGUCCCCAAUGACUCUUUCUUCAACUUCUUUAACCCCGUCAAAGCUUCACCAGAUGGAGAGAUGGAUGAAGACUCUGAGUUCACCCUAGCCACAGACUUCGAGAUUGGUCAUUUCUUCCGUGAGAGAAUAGUUCCCAGAGCAGUGCUGUAUUUCACUGGAGAGGCCCUGGAAGAUGACGAGAGCUUUGAAGAGGAGGAGCUGGAAGAGGGAGAUGAAGAGGAACAAGAUGAGGAGGGUGAUGAUGACGAUGACGAGGGAGACUUUGACCCCAAGGCAUAAUCAAUCAUUCUCACUCCAUGCAUUUCUAGAAAGAACAACCCCAGCCUGCCGAAUGCAAACAGCAGUAACCGUGGUGAUCAGGGGAGGCGGAGACCUGUUGUCCGUCAAAUCAGUUCUCAGCCAAUCAGCAAGUCCUCCUACUCUUGCAGGCUCCGCCCUUUUAUGAACUCUCAUCUGAACGCAAUAGAACGCAAAGCAAACUGCGUUUUUACUAUGUGCAUGACUUCUUUUUCUUUUGUCUUGCGCCCAUCUCACCCCUUUUUAUUUGGCUUCAUUCAAACUCAAAGCGGGAAGUGACUUGACUCUAAUUAAACUACCGUGGCAUCACAUAGGGACAGCCUUCUUCUUUGGUAAGGUGGAGUAGGUUACUACUGCCAAGAACCUCAGAACAACAUAUGGAAACAAGAUAGGAAAGGAAUGGAUCCCAACUUUAGUUUUCAUUGAUAUAAAUCAGUUACUCAGGGUUUUUUAUGCCAACAAGAGAAGUGCUUGUUUACCAGGAAACUGUUGAACAAGUCUGACUUAAUCUUUCACUGGGGUUGCUGAAGUGUUUUUCUUUUUGUUAUGGUGUUUUUUAAGAGACAUACAAUGUAUCAUUCUGAAUUUAAUUUACUUUUUUAAAUGUUCAUUGUCAUGUCAUUGGACUAUUUAUUCUGGUGUCAUGCAGCUGUACGAUGUGGUACAUUAUGGGAACUCUUAAGGCCCAGCCACAGCUAAAGGUUCAUUCUCAUUGGCUCAAAUCUUAUUUGGGCUUAGCAGGUCAACAAAACGUGAAUACUGCCAAGUCAUGUUUUUUAUUAUCAAAAUUAAUUUCAGACAUUACAGAAUUGUGUUCUCUAUUAAUACUCCUCACUUCUGCCCAGGUCGAUUGGGCUUAACAAGCAUUUAAACAGAGCACUUGAGUGGACACAUGGUGAUAAUUAGGGUGAUGUGACAGGUAUGUGGUUAUGCCUCAAAACUGUCAUAUAUAGGUCUUCCCUGUUUUUCCUAUCAUCCUUGAAAUACUCUUCAAUUUUUGUUAACAAGGAGAACAACAAUUUAAGAAAACAAGACUUCCCCAGAUUUCCCCAACCAAAGCAUUAUAUCCAGUUUGGUGAAUAUUUUCCUCCAAAGAUAACACAUUUAAGCAGACACAGUGACUGACCCGCAACCUUUUUUGGUUGUUAUCACUUCUAUGUAUCUAGAUCUUAACAAAUGUCAUUUAAAGUCAGUGAUAGGACAGGGGGCAGGAUGUUUGGAAUAAAUGUAAAUUCUGUUGCCAAGAAGCCAAAAUGAACGAUGAAAUACGCCGUCCUCUUUUAUUCAAUUGUUUGCCAAUUGUCAUUAACACAGUGUAAUCUAAUUCAGCGUUUAAAGUUGUUUAAGAAUAUAUAAAUAUUUCUGUUAUUGUCUAACAAUUCAGUAGAAUGUCUGUGGAAAACAAGAGGUUGCCAAUGUAUUUUAUAUACUGCACUUGGAUUUUGGCAGUGGUUGCACACCUUUGCCUGGUGACUGGUCAGCGAUAGCAGUUGCAGCGAAAAAUAAUACCCAACCCCUUCUCUCUUUUUAAAAAGAACGAUUGUAGAUCUGGUUGACAGAUCUCUCAGAGCCACGGUUGACAUCUUCAAAUCUACUACAUUGGACCGUGUGCUAGCAAUGGCCUUAACUGGUUCUUAUUCACAAUUUGUUACUUGCGCAAUAUUUCUUUUCAAUUUGUACAGAGUUAGUUAAAAUAUUCUAUUAAAGUUGUGCGACAUGGAAAA